UACAGAGCUCAGUAGACACCGCGACGCCGUGGUGGAAGGACGUGUUGGAGGUCGGUCCGCGACAGUGCUAGUGACGAUCGAGUGGGUGCUGUGCUGUGGAUCUAGUGCACGUGUGUUCAACUAUAUGAACAAACUAAAGCCACUGGGAAAUUAGUCUCUGAAUAUGUAACAUUGUUUUCAUAUGAACAUCUAAUAUUUCACACCCGCCCCUGAGCCAUGCGUCGGCGGAGAGCGCGCACGGCCCGCAAAUUAUAGGCUGCAGCAGUAUGGCGCAGCACGUGGCGCUGUUCCUCCUCCUCUGCCUGGUGCGCUGUGACACCAAGACCGUAUUACAAGAUAAAUUAGCUGGUGUGCGCACGGUGGACGUUCAGGCCGUGGAGGGGAUGGUAGCGCAAUUCCCAUGCGACCUCGGCACUGCGGCUAAUGACAAAGUAUACAUGGUGUUCUGGUUCAGGGAUGACGCUGGCAUUCCAUUAUACAGCUUCGACGUCCGCGGGAAGCAUCUCUCGGAGGCACGUCACUGGUCCGCGCCGGAGGUUUUCGGUCCUCGAGCUCACUUCUCGACGUCUCCUCCGCCAGCCUCCCUGGUGGUGAGGGACGUCAAGAGACGUGACGAAGGUGUCUACAGGUGUCGCGUCGACUUCAGAAAUACCCAAACUACUAGCUUUAGAUACAACCUUACUGUUGUCGUUCCACCAGAAAAACCUGUAGUGGUCGAUAGAUGGGGGCGCGUCAUCAACGCUACGACGCUCGGUCCCCACGAGGAAGGUGAUGAUGUGCUGCUGACGUGUCGUGUUCUUGGAGGUCGUCCGGAGCCAUCAGUGAGGUGGCUGGUGAACGGAGUACUGGUAGAUGAGGAAUACGAACACAAUACUGGAGACGUCAUAGAGAACAGGCUCCUGUGGCCGGCGAUACGUCGGGCGGACUACGCAGCCGUGUUCACGUGUCAGGCUGCUAACUCACAUCUGGUGCCGCCGAAGGAGGUCUCGCUCGUUCUGGAUAUGUUCCUGCGACCACUGACUGUGGAAAUAAAGAAGCCUUCAGAGUUGGGCGAGGGCGGCGUGCUGACUUCGGAGAGGCGCUAUGAGGUGGCGUGUGAGUCAGCUGGUAGUAGACCACCGGCACAGAUCACCUGGCACAAGGGAAAGAGACAACUGAAAAGAAUAACGGAGGAGCUCCGCGAUAACUUAACGAUAAGUGUGAUGAGCUUCGUGCCGACUCUAGACGACGAUGGUAAACCCAUCACGUGUCGCGCUGAGAACCCCAACGUCACGUCACUGUUCAUGGAGACGACCUGGACUAUUAACGUUGUUUAUCCUCCUGUAGUUAAACUAAGACUCGGCAGUUCGCUAGCAGCUGGCGAUAUUAAGGAGGGUGAUGAUGUCUAUUUCGAAUGUCACGUGAGAGCUAACCCACCCGCAAGGAAACUGUCCUGGCUGCAUGAUGAUAGGCAGCUGGCACACAACGCCACCGCUCGCGUCUUCCACAGCAACCAGAGCCUCGUGCUGCAGAAAGUAACGAGGCACAGCAGCGGACGGUACGCUUGUUCCGCACUCAACGCCGAGGGAGAGACUGUCUCUAACGAACUGCACUUCCGAGUCAAAUAUGCGCCCUCGUGUCGCAGCGGCGGUGUGUCAGUGGUCGGCGCGGCGCGAGGCGAGUCCGUGGUCAUCGUGUGCGAGGUGGACGCGGACCCCCCUGCAGCAGUUUUUAAGUGGAAGUUCAACAACUCCGGCGAGACUCUGGAUGUGGCCGCCGACAGAUACACCUCCAACGGCAGUGCUUCUAGUUUAAAAUAUACACCAGUAGCGGAUUUAGACUACGGCACGCUCUCUUGCGCUGCAUCCAAUGAAGUGGGAGUCCAGGUGGCUCCCUGUAUAUUUCAAAUGGUCGCCGCUGGGAAGCCACACGCACCUCGUAACUGCACCUUAUGGAACCAGACGGCCGAUUCAGCUGAGGUGUCUUGUGUUUCGGGUUUUGACGGAGGACUACCGCAGCACUUUUUACUUGAGGUGUACUCCGGGAACGAAGAUAAGCCCAGAGUGAACCUCACAGCCGAGGAACCUGUUUGGACGGUGCGAGGGCUGGAGUGGGACGUGCGAUUCAGGCUGGUGGCUGUAGCCGUCAACAGCAAGGGCCGCUCGGCGCCAGCGCGGCUUGAUGAUCUUCUGUUCCCCGACCCGGAGAAGAGAACCGCAACCGACAGCGGUCUGGGAGCCGGCGCGGCAAGUGCGGCGGGGGCGACGGUCGCCGGGGCGUGUGCGGCGCUCGCCCUGGCAGUAGCGGCCUGGCGCGCAGCCAGGCGACGAAGACAACCCAGGAAGCCCUCAGCCCCCUCUCUCUCACAACACAAGAAUGAUCACGACGAUGCCGAACCCGACCUCAUACCCAACAACUACUGUGAGACGUCGAGCGCCCCGUGUCUCGCUGCAUCAUCUCCGGGCCGGACUGCACCUGCGCCGCACGAUACGCCGGCGUGUAACGGUCCUGGUGCCUCGUGGACGUGGGGAGCGCGCGGGACCCCGCCCGCCGCUUGUCUCGGGCGCAGCGCAUCCGCCUCGCUGAGACCUGCACCCGACCUCAACGUCGACGCCAUAAAAGAGAAACUCCUCGAUCACCGCAUCCCAGAGUCCUGCGUCUAGAAGACUACGACCCACCUGCGAGUGUUAUUGAUUGGGACUGAUCGUACUCGUAUCUGGUUAUCAUAUAAGAACAUGAAUCAGUUACCGCCUUCUCUUCAAAAAAGAAAACAAACACUCCGAAAAAACCAUUAUCAUUAAUAUUUUUGAUUGGUAGUAGGCGGCUGGUGCGCGACUCGUGUCGUCUCUCUAAUUAUACAACUGUCUCCUCGUAUCUCCUCGCUCUAGAGUCGGCUUCACUUUGGUUGUUUAUACUCAAAGGCUAGCCGACGACGUCUCACGUCACCUGUCCUAUGUAAAUGUUGUAGCUAAAGCCAUUUGCAGUCAUCUAAGAGAAAACCUCAUUUUUAUUUUAACCCAAAUUACUUUUAUAAAAUAUUAGAUAAUUAAAUACGUGUUUUAUCGUUUAAGUUAAUAAAAAAAAUUAAAAUCUAAUAUCCAUAGCUUAUUACUAUUAUAAUUCGAAGACUAUAAUGAUCUGUUAUUUUAUUUAGAUAAAUCCUGUGAUGUAAAUAUUAGGUUGUAAGCGACUGAUUCUUUGCCACUUUUUUACAAGUCUAUAAACCUAAUCUAUCAAAUGCCGAUCGAUGGUCGAAUCCGAGUGGAUCGUUCUGUGUACAUAUGAAGUUCGUGACAUAUUCGAUUAUAAGACAUCAGAGAAAUAAGAUUUAUGUGGCAGAAGUUUCACUUGUAAACAUAUCUAUAAAUGCAAAGUCUAUGACGCAAAAUAUCAAACAUUUUCUUUUGUCUGUCAUUGAAAAUGAAACACUGACGUUUCUUCUCUAUAUGUCCAUGAGUUUGUACCUACAUACUUCUGCCACGUACGAUCUUAUAAUAAUUCUGCUCUUUAGUAUAAGAGAGUGCAUCUUGUACAGAUUUCGUGACGACGAUAAAAUGACCCCGACGUGUGCUUUAUAUCAUAUCCUCUAAACAGUUGAUUUAUAACAAACUGUAACUAUCAAUACAGACUACUGUGAAACCUAAACUAAAUACAUACUAAAGCUAUAAUAUUUGACGUUUUGUUGUGUAAAUGUACAAUUCAUUGAAUAUUUGGUAAUCCAACGACGCACAUGCGUAUUGAUUUCAUAGUGUUUGUCAAACAAGACAAUAAAACUAAAUUCUAUCUAAUAUCAGAUAUCUCGCUAACAUAUCAAUUAAUAGUUUUGAGCUCAAAAGGUUUACAUAUCUCCGUCGUCAAGUAUUAAAGAAAGAGUUUCAAGCGCUUAGACCAAUCACAGCGAUAGUAUCAGCGGAGUGAAGAGCUGCUGACUCAUUGACAGGAUUGGUGGCCUUAAACACUCGGCCGUGAUCGGUUCCUAUAUAGUAAUUGAUAAUAAGUCGAAACUUUUACUUAAUUUCUAAUGAUCUAAGCCAUACUAGGCUGGUGAAUGUCGGUUGUCCGUCUCACUCAAACGCUAAGUUAAUGUCUGAUCGCUGUAUUGGCCCGGGAAGCGCCUCCGCGGAGAGACCAUAACGAAGUCGAGCUUUAUUUUAUCCUCGACCGACUGAUCUCAUAACAUGUCAUCUCGUGGUAGACUACUUUUAGAUAAUUAAGUGAUUUGUUAAUAUAAAUUUUAAACAACUCAAAGAGUUCGCCCUACUGUUGACUUAUUUAUUUUGGACGAGAUUAAAGGUUGUCUUGGAAGUA